AUGAAAAGACACAGUAACCAGAACUCUAGUGUUGCCUUUUUGUACAAUGCCAAGGCUAAAUCGCCACACAUAAGAGAGACAGAAAUGACUUACAGAUUUGCUGUUUGUGUUUUUUUGAUUUACUUUGGGAGUCUGGCUCACCAUUCUGUGAAAGCAGAGGACCUCCACUGUGUUGAAGAGCAAAAUGACUCUCACAGUGUUUGUUAUAAGUUUGUUAGACAGCCUUUAAACUGGACUGAAGCCCAGAAAUUCUGCCAGAAGAAUGGACAACACCUGUUAAGAACAAUAGACUGGAGGGUGCAGAAAACCCUUUCAGGGAAACUGGAAAGGGAUAAAGCCUGGUGGGUAGAACAGCAUCAAGCAUCAAACAAAGAACAACAUGGCACGUCUAAGAGCACACCCAAAGAUAAAAAGCCUUUUAUCAGUGGAUCAGAAAUGAAGAGCAGUCAAUCUGACCAAUUCAGUUUCUGUACAUAUGUCAUCUUGGACCCUGUAUUCAAGCUAAUUUCUUCAUCAAACUGCAGCCAAUUGCUUUUCUUCAUUUGUCAGCAUAACCCUCAAGACAGUCUCAUUGUACGGAAGAGGAGCCUGGUUGUCCAAGGAGAUGUUCUUUCAUCAGCUUUAUCUACUGGACCUCUGGCAAGUAACAACAAUUCAUACAAAGCUAGUUUGGAAAUAAUUUCCUAUUCAAAAAAAUGUCAAUAUCUUGUGCUAAAUUCAUAUUUAGAUUAA